AUGUGUGUGCGGCGGUGUGUACACCUGCUGGCUCGUGUUAACCUCCUUCCCACCUCCUCCGUCUCCUCAAACGGUGCGCAGCCGAUAAUGGAAACGAUGUGUGCGUGCAGUCUACAUCUUUGCGCUCUCGUCCGCGUCACACGUCCCUCGUCUCGGACGCACGACGUCUGCGUCAUUGCGGCAGCGUGGACGGAGGAGGUCAACGACCGCCCAUCGGACGGGCACGCCGUCGUCGUCGUCGUCGCAGCCGUCGCCGCCGCCGCAGCCGACGCCACCACUCACAUGAUAUCCGUGUGUGGUUGGGCGGACGGACCGGCGGGCGGGCGGGCGGGCGGCCCUAUCGCCGUCCUCGCGCUUUCUCCAGCCGAUACGGCGUCAUGGGAACUCGGCCAAACCACCUCUUCAACUGCUUUGCACUCUUUGGAGAGGUAG